AUGUUGAUGUUUCUUCUUACCUCUCUAAUGGCCUCCUUCUUCGACACCACAGCUGGACAAAUCGGAGUAUGCUACGGGAUGGUAGGGAAUAACCUACCAAGACCUUCGGAAGUUGUGGCUAUGUACAAACAGUACAACAUCCAGCGAAUGCGAAUUUACGGUCCUAACUCCGACGCUCUCAACGCUCUCCGUGGCUCCAACAUCGAGCUCAUCCUCGACGUUCCCAAUAGCGACCUAGGAGGUAUCGCCUCCAGCCAAACGGAGGCCAACACAUGGUCCAAAACCACGUCAAGAACUACGACGGUGUCAGAUUCAAGUGGGGCUGGGAGUGUUCUCAUCCAGGCGAUGCAGAACAUUGAUAGAGCGGUUUCCGAGGCUGGCCUCAGGAUCCAAAUUACCACGACUACAUACAUGGGAGCAUUCACGGACACGUAUCCCCCGUCGAGUGGAAGAUUCAGGGAUGAGUAUAGGAACUUUCUCCAACCAGCUAUACGUUUCUUGGUGAACAAGCGAUCUCCUCUGCUCGUCAAUAUCUACACUUUCUUCGGUUACAAAGACAGCAGGGACAUCUCUCUAGAAUUCGCCCUGUUCAAACCAAACCCCGGAUUCAAGGACCCACAAACCCAGCACUCUUACAACAACCUCUUCGACGCCAAUCUCGACUCAGUUUACGCGGCAUUGGAUAAAUUGGGCGGUGGAUCUUUGGACAUCGUGGUGUCGGAGAGCGGUUGGCCCACUAGUGGAGGAGAUCGCGGGACAAGUGUGGAGAAUGCGAGGACUUAUGUUAACAAUUUGAUACAACAUGUGAAGAAUGGAUCUCCAAGAAGGCCAGGGAAAGCUAUAGAGACUUACAUAUUCGCCAUGUUCAAUGAGAAUGAUAAGACUCCUGAGUAUGAGAAGUACUGGGGGCUGUUUCUUCCUAAUAAGCAGCCUCAGUAUGAAGUUAAUCUCAACUAA